AUGGAGGUAGUAGAGACCUUGUCACCAGCCUACGGCGCGGGCAGUGUCCUUACAGGUGUCACGGCUUACGUGGAAGUGUGGUCAUCCAGCAGAACAGAGAAUUACUCUCAAUCUUUUAUUGAGCAGCUCCUUAACUUGGGUGCAAAGGUUACAAAGCGAUUGAACAAACAAGUCACUCACGUUGUCUUUAAAGAUGGCAGUCAAAGCACAUGGGACAAAGCAGUUAAAAGUGGAGUAAAACUGGUGUCAGUUCUUUGGGUUGAUAAAUGUAGGGAAGCAGCUGCUCAUGUUGACGAAUCCGCAUAUUCAGCUUUGAAUCCAAAUGAAGGAUUGCCACAUCUUAUGAGAAAGAAAAGAAAGUGUAUGCAGCCCAAGGACUUGGUGAUAAAAACACCUGAAAAUGACAAGCGCCUUGCAAGAAAAUAUGACAAAAUGCUAAAAGAGCUUGAAGAGAAAAAGGCAUCUGUUGAUGUCCCCACUCUGUCUUUUGAUGAUGAAGGGUCAUUAUUGUUUAGCCCAGUGGCGGUUAUUGCAGAUCGGUCUAAUGCAAUGGAAAAAAGAUUACAACAAAUGAAGGACGCAAGAGAAAAUCUGUCUCCAACAGCUUCCCAGAUGUCGCAGACAGCGUUUGACUUUUCAUGCUCUAAACCAUCACUUGAAAACACUCCUUCGGUCCUGACUAAUAGUUCACAUGAAAAUAAUGGCAAUAUGCUUGACACUAGCUAUGAUGAACUGUUUGGAAGUCUAGAAAAGAGAGAUGAGAUUGCUUCCACCUCAAGCAACAAAGAAACAGAUGAUGUACAAGGAGAAACAAAUUUACACUUGGAUUGCAUUACCUUGUUUCCUCUUAAAACUAAGGCAUCAACAUCUAGUCCUGGAGUAGUAAAGAAACGCAACUCUGGUUCACGCAAUCAAAGGAGGGGUCGAAAGUCUCAGGUUAUAUUGAAAAUGAUUGAUGCCAGCGCUGAUGAUAGUGGGAGUGAUGUGUUUAGUGAAACACCAACUGGAACAAAGAAAGAUCGAGCUUUGGAUAGUAGGUUCAUGACAAAACCUUGUAUUACAAACACUGAUGUAGACUGUACAGGUCAAUUCAAUGUCAGCCCAUUCACUGAAACAAAAGGCUGCAAGUCUUACAGCCCAAAAGCAGCUGAUUGUAUAACGAAUAAGGAUUAUGAAAGUGAUUCCUUUGGUAAACCAGACCAUAAAAAAACUGAAACAUCUAGCUUGGAGUCUCCAUGUACAGCAAACAGGCUUAUUAAAAUGUGCAAAAAUAAAGGCCGAACUAGAAGAUCAAGUUGCCUUGACCUGGAAUCUGAAGUUCUAUCUACUAAAAAGAGUAUAAUCAAGGAGCUGUCCAAAUCCAAUCUGUCUCUCUCAAAUGUUGACUCUGUGGUCACAGUUUCUGAUUAUGAUGAUUUCUUUAGUUCAAAUGAAGUUAAAAGCAAUCAAAGCAAAUUCAGUCGAUUUUCCUUGACUUUAAAGCCUCAAAGGUCACCCAGUCCUCCUCCACUGUCUUCAAACAAAAACAGGACUGGCAAAAGGAGAAGAUCCACAAAUGUUGUGCAGCAGGAUUUGUGGCAAGCGAAGCAACGUAGGACUAUACAUGCAUUUGUUGAUUCCAAUUCAAGGGCAGUAAAAAGUCCUAUCCAGGAGUCUUCUAUGUUUCCUACCGCUGAGAAAAAGGAUGCAAGUUCUCCAAACUGUUUAAUACUGAAUGCAGUGGAAUCUUCCUUGAAAAUGACAAAUAGGGUAAAUAGUGCAGAAACACAUUUACUGACUACAAAAUCAAAUGGGAGUCAUGAAAGAUUAGAGCACAACUCUGAGACCAGUGGUAAUAUGGCUUCUGAGUCAAGUCCCUCCAAUGGACUGAAGAAAGAUGCAAAUGCAGCAAUGUCUAAUGGAAUAAAGAAGGAAGUUGUUUUUAAAGAAGGUUUAAGUCUAACAAAUGGUCUGGCCCCUGGAGAACAUGGAAAGCAGAUGAUCAGCUUACAGCAAAGCCCUGAAAGUAGAACUUCAGGCUCAGAUGCGAUAGCUGGUCUGUCUAAAAUGUUUAAUGAACAAAGAAAUAAAUGCACCAAGGAAUCAAGGAAAACAGAGAAAAGCAGAAAGGUUACAAGAUCAUUGGUUAUGACAAGCAUGAGCGCUGAGAAACAAAGUACUAUAAUACAAGUUGUGAAAAACCUUGGAGGCUUCAUCUUUUCAGACAGCGUUUGUGAAAGUACUUCACAUGUAGUUUCUGGAAGUGCACGGCGUACAUUGAAUGUUAUUUUAGGAAUUGCAAGGGGUUGCUGGAUUCUAUCAUAUGAUUGGAUUCUCUGGUCUUUGGAAUGCGGACAGUGGGUGCCUGAAGAGCCAUAUGAACUUUCAGAACAUUUUCCGGGAGCUCCAAUUUGCAGAUUACAGCGCCACCUAUCAGGAGGAGAAUAUUAUCAGGAUUUCCUGUCAAGCAUGUCACCCCUGUUUAUAUCCCCAAGCAGUGAUCCUCCAAGUGAAACGCUAUCCGAAAUGGUGCAGCUUUGUGGAGGAAAAGUGUGCAAAACACUACGCCAGGCCAAGAUCUGUAUUGGAGUGCUUAUGGGAAAGAAACCUGCAGAUAUGAUGAAUGUCUCUGAAAAAUGGCUGCUUGAUUCUAUAACACAACACAAGCUGUUUCCUCCAGAAAACUACAUGUUGCAGAGUGAGAUUUCCAGUGUGCUAUAA